AUGACCAAGGACUAUCCCAACCCCUUGGGGGGCGGCCGCGCAUCACCCAAGAAGCCGGGUAGCCCGGGCCCGGCGGCGGCGGUGCUGGAAGAGCAGAGGCGAGAACUGGAGAAGCUGCGGGCCGAGCUGGAGGCGGAGCGGGCGCGCGGACGAGCGGAACGGCGACGCUUCGCCGCCCAGGAGCGCCAGCUGCGAGAGGCGGGCGAGCGGCAGCGGCAGCAGCUGGUGGACCACCUGCGCUCCAAGUGGGAGGCGCAGCGCGGCCGGGAGCUGCGGAAGCUGCAGGAGGCAGUGCUGCGAGAGCGCGAGGCCGAGAUCCGGCAGCUGCUGCGCUGGAAGGAGGCCGAGAUGCGGCAGCUGCAGCAGCUGCUGCAUCGCGAGCGCGACGGCGUCGUGCGCCAGGCCCGGGAGCUGCAGCGUCAGCUGGCCGAGGAGCUGGUGAACCGCGGCCACUGCGGCCGCGCGAGGGCGCCCGAGGUGGCAGCCGCACAGUGCCGCUGUCGCCUGCAAGACGUGCUGGCGCAGCUGCGCUGGGAGACAGACAGCGAGCAGGCCGCGCGCAUACGCUACCUGCAGGCGGCGCUAGACGUAGAGCGCCAGCUCUUCCUCAAGUACAUUCUAGAGCACUUCCGCUGGCGCCCCGCUUUGUCUGCGACCCCCGGCCCCCAGGCCGUGCGUGUCUCGGAAGAACCGCCGCCCAAGGCCGCCAGCCGCCGCCCAGAGCCGACCUGUCGACGAGGAUCCCUCCACAGCUUGAGCACCGGCACCUGCGUGCGCUCCCGCUCCCUCGACUUGGUGCCCACCGCACGCUCCAGCUCCUCCGACCGCCUGCUCCCCACGCGCGCGAGCUCCGUCGACUCCCUGGCCCCCGCCCAAUGCCGCUCGUUCGACAGCACCCGGAGUCGUCCCAAGGGCUCCGAAGCCGAAGAGCUGACCUCCUGCUUGCCAAAUGCCUCCAUUCCAGGCUCCCCAAGCCCCCCGCCGCCGCCGCCGCCGCCGCCACCACCACCACCACCACCACCAUCACCACCACCGCCACCACCACCGCCCCUGCCCGCUCCCCUGCCACCGUCGGAGCACAGAAAAGCUAGCGACCCGAGAGGCGGAGAAGGCUCGGGGAGCCAGCCCUGCGAGGCCCUGACCCCCUCGCUGGGCUUGGACUAUCCCGCGCUGGUGAAGAGGAACUCGGAGUUGGCCGAGGCGCUGCAGGUGCUGGCCAGCCGCUGCUCGGUCCUGAGCGAGGAGAACAGCCAGUUGCGGCGCGCCGGCUUCCCCAACGAGGCGGACGAGAAGGUUAAGCGGCUAAAGAUGAAGAACGCGAAACUGACCGGCCUGGCGCAGCGCCUAGAGGACCGCGCCCGCAAGCUGCAGGAAACCAACCUGCUGGCGGUGAGCGCGCCGGUGCCCGGUGAGAGCCGCGCAGACCUGGAGCUGUGCCAGGCCUUCGUGCGCCAGCGCACCCGGGACCUGGCGGAACAGGCGAGCGCGCUACAAGCCAAGGACAAGCAGAUCGAGGAGCUGCGGCAGGAGUGCCACCAGCUGCAGGCACGCUUCGCCUCGGGCCUCGGCAACGCCCCGCUCCCUGGAGGGGGCUCCCCUGGCACGCAGUGGCUCAACGUCAGCGACUUGGACCGGCUGCUGCGCGAAUCCCAGCGGGAGGUGUUGCGCCUGCAGAGGCAGUUGACCGUGCAGCGGGGCCAGGGUGGCGCCCGCGCGGAGGCGGGCGGCCAGAGCGCACCCUGCGACGAGGCGCUUCGCCAGGUGCAGGAGCUGGAGUGCGAGCUGGGCGCGCGGCGGCGCGAGUGCAAGGAGCUGGGCGCGCAGGCCGCAGCGGCGCGGCGACGAGGUGACGAGGCCGAGGCGCAGCUGCAGGCAGCGCUGCGCAAGGGCGCUUGGCUGGCAGAGGAGAACGCACGGCUGCAGGCCCAGGCCGACUGGGUGCGGAAGGUGGAGGCGGAGAACAGCGACGUGCUUGGGCAGCUGGGCCGCGCGUGCCAGGAGCGCGACACCGCAGGCCUGCUGGCGGAGCAGCUGCUUCAGCAGGCGGCGCGCGGGCAGGACAGGCAGCAGCAGCUGCAGCACGACCUGCGGAAUGCCCUGCGGGACCUCCAGGCUGCCCAGGAGGAGAUUUGGGCAUUGCAGUGUCAGCCCCGAGAGGCCACCCAAGUCCCUAAGUCCCCAGCCUGGGGCACCAGAAGGCCCAAGUUCCAACAAGGGCUUGAAGACCAAGCACUGUCCCAGCCCAGCAGGGACAAGCAGAUGAGGGAAGCCUCACUGACAGAGAGCCAAUUUGCCCUUGGGGAGCCAGCCAGUGCUCCCCACGUACCAGCCGGAGUCCCUGCAGACUGGCCUCCAGACUCUAGGCCCCAGGCCAAGAAAGCCAGCUCUAACUCCUCCUCAGAGAUGGAGUCCAUGUGGGCCACUGUGCCGUCCUGCCCUAAUCUGGACUUGGACACAGCAAGCGAGGUGGAUGACCUGGAGCUGGACAAUGUGUCCCCGACCUUGGACAUGGGGGUCUUAGAGGCCCCCACCACCACAAAGGUCAAGAUCUUCCUGGCCCGGUAUAGCUACAACCCAUUUGAGGGGCCCAAUGAGCACCCUGAGGGGGAGCUGCCCCUCACAGCUGGAGACUACGUCUACAUCUUUGGCGACAUGGAUGAGGAUGGCUUCUAUAAGGGGGAGCUUGAGGAUGGCCGGCAGGGGCUUGUGCCCUCCAACCUGGUGGAGCAGGUCCUGGACAGUGACAUUCUGGGCUGCCUCCCCUCCAAGUCCCCCAACCUUGACCCCAUUCUGCUCCCGGCCAGACAGAGCAAAGCUUCACAGGAAGACACUAGUCUCAGCUUCUUACCAGGGAAAACCCAUGCUGCAGCCGACAGGGGGUCACACCCGGUGGCUAAUGCGGGCUCCAAGACAGAAGUGGCAGUGGAGAUCUUGGAUACAAAGAUGGAAGCCCGCCGGCUGGGCUUGCUGCAGAGUGUAGAGGAGCAGGGCUUCUCCAGAGCCCUUCUAGGGGCCAGGGGGCCCCUCUGUGUGGCCCCCAUGCAACUAGGGCUGCAGAAUGUCAGAUCCACAUCUGUCGAGAUCACCUGGGUCUGCAGCAGCAGCAGCCACCCCCACAUGGUGUACCUCGAUGACCAGGAGCAUGCACUGACCCCAGCAGGUGUGAGCUGCUACACCUUCCACAGCCUGCAUCCCGCCACCAGAUACCAGGUGCGGGUGGAGGUACGACUGCCGUGGGACUUGCUGCAGGUGCACUGGGAAACCAUGUCCUCCACCAUCACCUUUGCCACACCCUUGGCUGGACCCCCUGACCCUCCACUGGAUGUACUGGUGGAGCACCACUCGUUGCCAGGCCUCCUGGUGGUCAGCUGGCUUCCUGUGACCAUCAACUCAGCUGGGUCCUCAAACGGUGUCCAAGUCACGGGCUAUGCUGUGUAUGCUGAUGGGCUCAAGGUUGCAGAAGUGGCUGAUGCCACUGCUGGGAGCACCCUGCUGGACUUUUCUCUACAAGUACCUUUGACGUGCCAGAAGGUCUCAGUGAGAACCAUGUCCCUUUGUGGUGAGUCCCUGGAUUCGGUGCCGGCCCAAAUUCCGGAGGACUGUUUCACAUGUCACCAAUUGACGGAGACCUCUCCCUUUGGCUAUACCUUUGGCGACCCAUCCACCUGCAGAGUCACCUUCCCUGUCUGCCCCCAGAAGCCAGCGCUGGCUCCUCUGAGUGCCAAGGCCAACCCCCAUGCCCCUAGAAGCUGUGGGGAGCCCCAGGCAGAGUUUCUAGAAGCAUUCCCUGAAGAACCCCCAGGGAAGUGGUCCCCAGUGCCCACCCUGAGUUCAGAAGGAGAGUAUCCAAGUUCGGGGGCUGGCAGCCAAGCCCAGGGGAUCCCAGAGGCCUGGGAGGUCUGCAGGAAGGACCUGCUCUUCCCAAAGAGUAUCCAGGACCACAGGCAACCACUACCUGGCAGCCAGUCUGCAGGGGAAGAAAACCACUACCAGGACGUGGGCACCAGCAAAAGCCCCGCUCCAGGACUCGUCCAUCCUUCACCCGAGUGUGGGCCCGUGAAAGUGCCCUGUCAGUGCAAGGCUUCCCUGGAGAAGGCCCUCAGGCAAAAGCAGGAUGCUCAAGUGUCUGGCCCUGCCCAGCAGGGCCCCAGCCAGCAGUAUGUAUCUGACUGCCACAAAAUGUUGGCAGAAGAGACAGAAGUGUGCUUCCAUGUGUGGGGCACGGAGCGGCAAGGGCAGAGGGAGUUGCUCAGGGCCCAGAGUGGGCGAGGACAGGCAUUUGGGGGCAAGCAAGAGAGUCAGGUCCAUGAGCCGAACUCGGUGCUGUGUCCAACUCUGUCCAGCAAAGUCAUCAAGAUGUCUAGGGUUUAUCCCACAUGGCUGGGGCAGGAGUCGGACAUUCUGGCCAGGGUCUUCAUGGCCCUCUUUGAUUAUGACCCCCUGGUGAUGUCUGUCAGCCCCCAGGCUGCAGAGGAGGAGCUGGCCUUCCAGAAAGGGCAGCUACUGAGGGUGUGGGGGUCUCCAGACCCCAAGGGCUUCUACCGUGGUGAGUACGGUGGACAGGUGGGCAACAUCCCUGGGCACCUGGUGGCAGAGGCAAAGGUGGGCAGGGAGUGGACCAAUGGGAGGUGGCAUCUGCCGGCUCAAGGGCACUUGAGCUCUGUGAGCUCCUUCUCCACGGCCCAAGGGAAUACCAAGAGAUCCCCACUGUGGACUCCAAAGACCAUGAUGGCCGCUCAGGACUAUGACCCCAGAGACAGGCAAGCAGGGGGCCGGGCAAAGGGCAAGCUGUCUCUGAGGGCAGGGGACAUGGUCACAGUCUAUGGGCCUGUGGAUGACCAGGGAUUCUACUAUGGGGAGUCAGGAGGCCACCGGGGCCUCGUCCCAGCCCACCUCCUGGAUCACAUGUCCUUCCACGCAGAGUGA